AUGUCACCACUGCUGCUAUGGCUGGGGCUGUUGCUCUGUGUCUCGGGGCUCCAAGAUGGAGAUAAGGAAGAACAGAAGUGUUUUCUGAAGGGUGAGAACCUGACCCUGAUUUGUCCUUACAACAUCAUGCUAUACUCAUCCAACCUGAAGGCCUGGCAGCGGGUCAGAAGCCACGGUUCUCCAGAGACCCUGGUGAUCACAAACACCCGAAAGCCAGACUUCAAUGUGGCCCGGGCUGGGAGGUUCUUGCUGGAGGAUUAUCCCACCGAAUCCAUCGUCAAGGUCACCAUGACUGAACUGCAGAAGCAAGAUGUGGGGCUGUACCAGUGUGUGGUCUACCUCUCUCCUGAAAAUGUUGUCAUCUUGUAUCAUCGGAUUCGCCUGGUAUGGUGCCGAGAGCAGUGGGUGACAGUGAUGGUGAUCGUUCUGACAUGUGGCUUCAUACUGAACAAGGGCCUGGUCUUCUCAGUCCUGUUUGUCCUCCUCUGCAAAGCUGGGCCUAAGGUGUUACAGCCUUCCAAGACAUCCAAAGUACAGGGAGCCUCUGAGAAACAGUAGCCUUCCUGCUACAAGCUGUGAAUGCACCUUCCCUUGUCUAUUAACAGUAUGGCAGAGGUUCUGCAAUGGGGAAAUCAAGCCUUUCUACACUCUCUUUAUGAACUCUGAUUAGUAUGUGUUACUCCUAGAGGACAGCUCUGAGGAGAGCUGUGUAGAAGGAGCCUUAUGAGACAUCAGUGAAGAAUGUGAAACUAGAAAGAUUUGGACCUUUGAUGGAGCAGUCAAACAGGACCCACAGAGAAUUCGCUUCAAAAUCUUAUCUCCGUUUCUCUCCUGCUAACCAGGCCUGCCAUGCUGUGGACUGGUAAAACCUAUAUGAUAUAACCUAUCUCUCU